UCUUAUAAUACCAAACGAUAAAAUUCCUACACUAAGUAGCCAAUUUUUCGAUUCUGAAGAGAACCUGAUGGACUUGGCUAUUAAGUUGUCCAAUGAUUACUGCUUCUGAAUUGAUAGUCUCAACUCAUUCAAAGUUGCACAGAUCUCAGGGAGCAAAUUAUACAAAGAUAUCUUUGAUAACUCUUCCCAUCCAGAAUGUGUCAAUCUAUUUGCUAAGAAAAAUUCAAACUUUUUGAAAAAAUUGCACCCACUGAAAAUAGGAUCUUCUGGAGCAUUUAAAGCUUACUCCAAGACCAAGGAUGCAACUGAAUCAUGCAACCAGACCCAAUGUGAGUCUCCAUCCGACUCAAUAAAUCGCAAAGGGCUUUUGUGGGAGAAGGUCACUACAAAAGUAAAAUGUGUCGAGUCCCAGCAAGAAUCCUCAGACUUCAGAAAACUGCCAAAAAUGUUUGAUGACUCUUUGUGUCCCGAGCAUCUUCAUACUGAGGCUGAAGGAAGGCUUGUAGGUUUUUAUACUCAAAGAGAACGCAAGAACAAGAUCAAGCAUCUCAGAAAAAGACUUCUUAAACACAGACAAGCUUGUCCUAUCAACAAGCAGUACAAGGGAAGAAGCAAUGCAGCCAGAUCCAAGGUGAGACUGUGUGGGAAAUUUGUCAAGGCUGAGCUUGCUGAAAAAUAUGCUGUUGACGAUAAAGUUUUCCAUGGGAGGAACAAACUCAUUGAUAAAUAUGUUAAGCAACAGGAUUACCAAAAAGUUGUUGAAGUAUUAGCUGAAUACUAAACCUUAUCCUUAAUUUAUUCAUAACUAUAACAUUGCUAACAAA